UGGCGGUCUACCGUGCCGUGUCUCCCGGGAGUGAGGGAGAUGCGAGGCCGGGCCUUCCCCCUCCCUCAGCCCCCGGGGCGGGCUUGGUUUGUCGCGGAGCCCGAGCCCGCUGCCUCCAGGAAGGGCCUUGGGGAGAGAGUUCUACAGCGUCCCGUCCCUCUGUGUUCCUGCCCCCGGCUUCUGGGGCCUCCUUCUCCGGUGAUGAGGGCCACUCAUCGAGACAGUGUUCAACCUCUCGGCCGAGUUAGAAACUUGAUACACUGAAGAAAGAAACAAAGAAAGAAAGAUGGGUAACACAAGCAGUGAGCGUGCGGCGAUGGACCGCCAAGGCGUUCACAAAGCCCCUCGGAGGGACAGUACUGGCAGCUCUAUUCAUACCAAAGAGCAUGACCGGCCGAAGAUUCUGAUGGAUAGCCCAGAGGAUGCUGACAUCUUUCAUGCCGAGGAUAUCAAAGUAAUGGCCCCGUUGGAGAAGGAGUACUUGGCCUGGCAGCAUGACUUAGAAGUUUCUGACAAAAUUUCCAAACAGGCUCGCCCAACAGUCUUUCGGUGGAAAGGAGGUGGGAAAGAAGUCUUUAUCUCUGGAUCCUUUAAUGGCUGGACCAACAAAAUCCCACUUACCAGAAGUCACAAUAACUUUGUGGCGAUUCUGGACCUACCAGAGGGUGAGCAUCAGUAUAAGUUCUAUGUGGAUGGCCAGUGGACCCAUGAUACAUCAGAGCCCACCACCACAAGCCAGCUUGGUACUAUCAAUAACGUUAUCCGGGUGGCCCGAACUGAUUUUGAAGUGUUUGAUGCGCUGAUGGUGGAUUCACAGAAAAGUUCAGAUGUGUCAGAUCUGUCAAGCUCUCCCCCUGGCCCAUACCAUCAGGAUCCGUAUGUGUACAAACCUGAGGAGAGGAUUAAAACGCCACCCAUUCUGCCGCCACAUCUUCUUCAAGUAAUUCUGAACAAGGACACGGGCAUUUCAUGUGACCCUGCAUUGCUGCCAGAACCAAACCAUGUCAUGUUGAACCAUCUGUACGCUUUGUCCAUUAAGGAUGGUGUUAUGGUGCUGAGUGCCACCCAUCGCUACAAGAAGAAGUAUGUCACAACUCUGCUCUACAAGCCCAUAUGACCUGUCACACCAUUAUUACUCUGUCUUCCAAUCAGGAAGCUCCAUUUCCUUCAGCAAUCACUCACCAGUUCUUGUCCCAGAUGUGCUCGUGAGGACCGAAUGGAAUUGUAAUUUCCAGAACCUCCUUCAGCAAUCGAUAACUUGCUUUCCUUCCUGCUUCCUGUUUGUUAAAGGGAAAUCUAUAAUCUGAACCCAGACAGAGUAUCUCUCCUGAUGGUUCCUCAGACUGAAGCGACUCUAAAAAGCUAGACCCUAAUCAUGAAUCCAUAUCUCUUACUGCAGCAUUUCUGACUUCCAUUUCAGUUUCUGCACCCUCGGGUCAGAGUGCUUUGUGUCUUUUGAAUCACAGACCUGGGAUUCUGUGAAUGAAGGAGUCACUGGAGUUACCAUCCUACAUCAAUUUCACAUCAUCCUCAACAUGUAAAAGUUCGUGGAUGUGAGUCCUGCUAACAAGCUCUUGGUUAGAUUGGGAUACGCAAUAAGAAGCAUUCAGGUUAAUGAAGGGAACAAAAGUGUGUGAAUUUUAAUGUACUGAAGAAUGAUUAGAAAUUUGUGUUUCUGUACAUUUAGGGGUCCACUCUCCAUAUUCCGCAGUGCUCACUGUACAUACUCAUGGUACAUGGCAAUGAGUGGAUUUUCCUGCUGGGGUUAUGGAAUCUCCAUUCUGUCCCUGCUAAUGGCUGGUGAUCAGAGGACUUAGUGAUUUGGGUGUAGCCUUUGGUAUAGUGACAUACUGUACUUCACUAGGCACUCUCCAGUCAUUCAAUUAUAUUCAUAAAAGUGCUUCUGUAAUUCUCCCAGUCAGUGAAAGUAGCACCGGAGUUUCUUGAGCAAUAUAAAGUCUUUCAUACAUAGUGGAAUUACAUCUUUAAUUCCAUCUCCUCAUUCCAUAACUAUCUUGGCUCAAGGGAUCGUAUUAAAUGUAAGUCUCAAUAACUGUUGUGACAGUGAAUUCUGAUCAUGUGCCCUAGUUCCUUGGUUACUGGGAGACUUGGACUGCCUUCCAACCAAUAUGUUCAAUUAAAAAACUGAGAGAUAUGGACUUCCCUUUGUGCAGAGAAUUUGCCUGUACUAGUCCAGCAGUUCUAGCAAAUAAAAGCAAAGCCCUGAAGUGAAUUAGCAGCUCUGGAAAUAUUGGUGGAGAGAGAAGCAGAGUCGUAAUUUUAAUUUCAGUGACUCUUCUUCAGAAUCCAGUUAUCACGUACCCAGUUGCAGCUCUUCUCCAUUUUUUACAUCUAGAUAAUUAAUCAAUUAAUAACUAUCAUUUCUUUCUAACCUUACUAUAAACAAAUGCUUCCUGCACACGCGCGCACACACGCACACACAGAGUUGGGAAACUGUAUCCUCAUUCCGUCCUUGCAGGUUUCAGAAGUGAUCAGGAAACGAGCUCAAUUAGUCUUCAGCGUUCAAGUUUGCCCCUCCCAGUCCUGUCCUUGCUGGGAUCAGCUAACUCAACACAGAUGUAGAAUAAGACUUGACUGCUCUCAGCUUCAGCAUUUGUAUUGGACUAGGUGUUUAAGCCGUUGGGUCAUUGGAAAGCAUCCCAAAAUAGAACCUGUUAAGCUCACUAGCAUCCUCCCAUUUAUUCUCCAUCCUCCCUUAGCGUCUGUAGGUAUGAAUCUGACCCAGCGUACAUUUCUGACUAAUUAGUGCCUGUGCAACAAUAAGUUCAGGGCUGGAGGAGGGACAUGACAUUUUGUCAACCAGGUUGUUACUUUUACCAGGUGAGAGAUUUGGAAGGACUCUCGGGCCGUGAUUCUCUUGUUUGAAUGGAGUGGACAAUUGUGCCAGUUAUGCUCUUCGCCUUUUAGCAGUUUCACUUUUCAUGCCAAUCAGGCUCUGUCUGUCACAUAAAUUCCUGAACUGUCAACCAAAUUAAAUUCAUUCUAUCUGUUGGACAAUGUCACAAAUCACUGAGAUUAGCCUGUGUUUGUUGUACUCUUGUAACAGUGAACCUUACAGGAGGUGGUCUGUUACCAUGGAAUUCUUUGGUUUGCUUGUAUCAUUGAAGUUCAUUUGACAAUCAAUAAAUGUCACGAUUUGAGACCUGA